GUGUCUUGUUUUUGGUGGAAGAAAUACCACAUCUUGUGGUGUGAUAUCCCUAUUACACAAAAUACUUUCUUGUAACAAGGUCCAGGCAACACCUCAAUUGCCAAACUUAAAAUAGAGGAUCACUUAACGGUUGUUAGAAAUGAGAGGUGGAUUACAUAGACAAGACAGAACAUAUAGGUAUAUGUCUACAUUUGUCUAUAUUUAGAGAGAGAUAGAGAGAGAGUCCACAAUGGAUGGACAGGAGUGACCUCCGGAUGUUGGGCCUCUAUUACCAAUCCCUCUUAUAGCCCCUGGGAGAGGCAGCAGAGCAAACUGGUCGGGCUGGUGCCAAGACCUACGUUCCUUCAAAACAAUAAGAGGAAAAACAAACCCAUUAAUUCCCCCACAGGAACGUGUAGCAGCAUUGCAUUUUAUAUACAUUGCCUACUAUAGCACCACCCCCACCCCAAUCCCACCCACCCCUUUUCGGCUGGCCGGGGCGGUGGUGGUUCAUCCUACAUUUUCUCCCACCACCACUACCGGCAUUGCCACUAUUUGAUAUUUUAUGUAUGCAAAUACAUUCAUAAAAAAAAAAUAUUGUCAAGAGACAAGACUGUAUGUACGAUAUUAAUCGAUUCAUAAAAUUGAUAAUACGCACAGAACAUAGAAGGAGAUGGAGGAAACAAACAUGAUCGAGUCGGAGACGACUGAUAUGGUCACGACAGAACCAACAAUAAAAGCAUCGUCGGUGUCUCUGUCCUCAGAAGACGAGGAGUUGCAGAGGCUGGAGCACGCACCUCCAUUCUGGAGGCCCAACAACCACCGAAAGAGGUUGUCGAAGCAGCUAUCUAUGUGCGAGACUCCCCGUGAUAUCGCAUGGGAGAGGAGGAGACGGCAGAUCAUAAGGCAAGAGCGGAUGAAAAAGCACCACCAGGCUGAGAUGUCGAUGAUGAUUGAUUCGGGAGAUCAAGAUAUCUUAACAGACGACGACCUCAACGAGCUCAAAGGUUGCAUAGAGCUUGGGUUCGGGUUCAACGAAUUGGAUCAAGAUGGGAAGAGGCAAUUGUGCCACACAUUGCCUGCACUGGACCUUUAUUUUGCGGUGAAUCGACAGGUGAGCCCUGUCUCUACCCCGACGCCUACGAAUAGUAGCAACAGACUCUCGUUAGGAGGAGAUCAGUCCUCUUCUAGAUCUCUUGGUAGCCGUUCAUCAUCCUUUGACAGCCCUGGAAGCGACUUUGAUAAUUCUAGUUGGAAGAUAUGCAGCCCUGGCGACAAUCCUCAACAAGUGAAGACGAAGUUGAGGCAUUGGGCUCAAGCAGUUGCUUGUUCUGUGAUGCAGUCCUCUUGAAAGGUGGGAUGGAUUUUAUAGAAGAAAAAAAAAACAGAGAAAACAGACACACCACGAUGAAAAAUGGUGUGGAGUUGUUACUCCACGAGUUCGAAGAAAAGCUUCAUUAGAGGAAAAUGCUUGUACUCUGUAUCCUCUAGGUUCUUUUCGCUUUUCUAGUCUAAACAAAUUGUUUGGGCGCAGGUUUAUGUAAUAAAGUUAUGUCACCAUGUCAAACAACACAACUGCUUUAUAGGAUGUACAUUGGGCUUCUUUUCCUUUGAGAUUUGAUAUGUGGGAGUUAGGGUUGACUUGCUCAAUUGAGCAUGGAUUAUUAAUCAUAAAAAAAUACAAAUUAUUUAAUGUUCUCAAUUCCAAUGGGAUAUCAUUCAAAA